ACAAAGCACAGAAAAAUCGUGUUUAGGUCAAGUGCCGCCGGCAAGUGUUGCGCAUCGUGCCGCAAGUGUGUGUGUGUGUAUGUGUGUGCAGAAAACGAAGGAAACAAUAUGCAACAGCGGUCACAUUCGUCUCCUCCGUCACGGUUGAACCGCCGCUACCAUAUGGUAGAAUCCGGUAAUCACAGUCACAGCAUCUCCAACCAAAGUCGACAGCGGAUGACGAUGGGUAGCGGCUGGUGGUUGACGGCGGUGGCUUUGAGCGGGUGCCUAGCCCUGGCCAAUGGACUUCCGAGCGGUGGCACCGGUGGAGACUACCCGGUUGGACGAUUCCCCUUUCUGAUGCCAAAAGUGGUACCCUACAAGCCCGAACUCUACCUCUGUACACCGGUGAAGGUGGACUACACGAAAAGCUACUACAUCGUGGGCUUUGAACCGAACGCGACGAUGGCCACAGCUCAUCAUAUGCUGCUCUACGGUUGCGGUGCGCCCGGUUCGGAAUCCGCGGUAUGGAACUGUGGGGAAAUGUCCGGCGGCAGCGAGGACAGUGGCAGCCCGUGCGGGAGCGGAGCGCCGUCGCAGAUAAUCUACGCGUGGGCCCGCGAUGCUCCGAAGCUCGAGCUCCCGGACGGAGUCGGAUUUAAGGUCGGCAAGGACUCGCCGAUCCAGUACAUCGUGCUGCAGGUCCACUAUGCCCACAUUGACAAAUUUAAAGAUGGUACCACGUCGGACGAUUCGGGAAUAUUCAUCCACUACACGACCCAGCCGCUGUCGAAACAGGCGGGAGUGCUGCUGCUCGGUACGGCCGGCUACAUCCGACCGAUGGCCACCGAACACAUGGAAACGCUCUGCGAUGUCCAGGAGGACAAGGUGAUCCAUCCGUUUGCCUACCGAACGCACACGCACAGCCUGGGCCGGGUCGUUUCGGGCUACCGGAUCCGCAAGGACGACGCGGGCGAGGACCACUGGGCGCUGCUCGGCAAGCGCGAUCCCCUGACGCCGCAGAUGUUCUACCCGGUGGAGAACCACGAACCGAUCCGGAAGAACGACCGUUUGGCCGCACGCUGCACCAUGGAGAGCAAUCGAACGCGGAUCACGAAAAUCGGUGCCACGAACGAGGACGAGAUGUGCAACUUCUACCUGAUGUACUUUGUGGAAAACGACGAGCCGCUGCAGAUGAAAUACUGCUUCAGCAAUGGACCGCCAGCGUUCCACUGGAACAAUCGUGAGGCACAGUUGAACCACAUUCCCGAUUACGACGCAAGCCACCUGUAAGAGGGUGCGCCAACACGUCCUUCAACUUGUGGGACGCUAGUGGUGAGCUGUAGAAAACUCCAUACAACUGUCGGGAGACCGAGAGGUAGGAUGUCGUCGUGUCCCUGCCAGCAACCUUCGAAGUACGAAUUUCCAUAUCACAAUUUUAAAAAAGAACCAGUCCGCGCAUUUGAGAGCAUCACCGGGUCAUCCAUCGCUCGGUUACAAGUACUGCUUGCUGCCUGAUUUCCUCACCAAACUCGAUCCACGGAACGCCAUCAUUGGCAACGCCACCCUUUCGGCAAAGUAAUAGAGCUAUCGAAAGAUUUCAUUCUAGUCAUAUACAUACUGGGUCAUACAUUGGGGAGAAGGCGUUUCAGCGCCCCCGAACUGAUUCUUUUCUCCCUUAAGUUAAUAUCUCAAACUGUGGAUCGUAGGAAAGGCGCGGUGUGUGUGCGAACCGCGAGAACCGAUGGUACAAGUAUGUGGCAAUGAAAAAGUUUCUUAUGAACGAAAGCGAAGGAUAGACGGGCGCAUAGAUGGUGUAUUUUACGUGGCACAAUAGAAUAUUGUUAAAUUUGUUGGAGCGGCUGUUGGGAGAGUUUAAGCGGGAGAGCUGUGAGUUGGUUGUGCAGGAGCAAAGCAUUUAACGUUUGAUUUUCUUAAAAGGUGCAUUUAAUCAAUCAUCAGAGUGGCAGCUAAGACUAUUGGACGCUAUCAAACAAUGUUUUCUUUCAAUGGCACCAUUUUUUAUCCACUGAACGAAUAUCAACUCCUAGUGAAUCGUGUAUGUUUGUAGAUAACGUAGUCCCGGCCGAAGCUAGAAGUGGUCCAAUUUGUGUUUCUUUUUCCAACGAGGUAAAAACGCCGUGCAAUAUCUCCUCAACUGUGCUGUAGGGCGAGAGAAAAAAAAACAUUAAACAACCAAGCAGAGAAGAAUAAGCUAUCAUCUUUUACGGUACGCGGGUGGUAAACGCGACAAACAUGAAACUUAAAGACUUUCCUAGCAGAUCUGCUGAUCCUAACGAUCGAUCGAUCGAUAAAGGAGCAAAGUGUGGUGGCUCGACAACAGUAAAAACUAAAGCAAGACCAUUUGAAAACACACACAUUCACCUAUAUACAUACAUAUUUAUAUAUACAUAUAUAAACAAAGCAAAUUAUGUAUAGAGCAGCGCAUCGCGGUGGAUGACAGUGAAUUAAUGGGAUUAGAACAUGUUAGUGAGAUAUGCGUAUGCAUACAUGCACCCCACCACCCAUGCACACACACACACACUCACACACGUACACACUUAUAUAUACACACGUACAGACGGACACACAGCAAACAGAAACUCGCAUAUACAUAUUAUUAUAUACAUAUAUACAUACGUACCGCGUGUCGGGUGUCAUUUGAAUUUUAAAAGAAGUGGUUCGCCUGCUGAGAGCCUCCUGGAGGUGAGAGAAAGGAUCAAAGUUAUGAGCAAAAGCAGAUGGAAAGGAUACAACCCUGCUACACUGUCACCGGCACAGAAUCCGACUUAGAACUUAUCAAUCAAAGCAAACUGUAAAUUUCAUGUGUUCAAGCCCAUUUCUUUCAGAAUGGCGAAACGCCGUUAAAGUGUCCUCUGUUCUGUUUUCACCACGCAACGGUUGAUUUCAAAAUGAGUGUUCUCUUUUCUCCGCCACGUUAAAUAGUAGCAAACGAGUAGCAAGAUGUAAAAUAUAAUAAGUAACACAUACCCCUGGCUAAACAUUCGCGAAAGGUGGCUGAGCAAAAGGUGCGUUUUAUAAUGUUAUACGGCAAAAAACAGGCAAAUUGAUGCGAAAAAUCUCCUUCACACACGGUGCUUCGGACACUUCUUACGCCUCCAGUGCUAUCGGUAAAAUACCUUCUCAACGAACGUUUUUUGGGUGAUUUUCGGUUGGCCUGCGGGACAACCUUUUCGCAGUUUUUCAGUUAGUUAACAUUUAAUUUUAAAUAGUCAGUCAACUUAAAGAGCGCACUUUUUCUAACAGCCUUCGCGCGAAUGUGACCCCAGGCAGAAAAGGAUUCUUACAUAUGUGAAGCCCCCCAACACGGUAUGGCACAAUA